CAUCAUAAUAAUAUCGUUAUGGCCCUGAUUUGUCUCAAUACCCUUCACAUGUUUUGGAUAAGUUGCCGAUUCUACAGCUUAAUCAAAAUACAACAAAACAUGGCUACAUACAAUCUGUUUAUCAAUACGGACGCUAAACCACCACCACCAGAUCGUGACACAAUCGAUUACCCACCAACACCAUUCGUUCAGCCCAUGAGAAUCGUCGAAAACCGAACGAUAAUCAUCAAAGGAGUGCCACAUCAAAAUCCUAGCAGAUUUACGGUGUACCUUCAAAAGAGCAACGAGAAUGAGCCAAACAUUAUCGGAAUGUGCUUUGAUGUCAGGUUUAAUUACGGCAAGGACAAAAAUGUUAUCGUAACGAAUCACAAACAAGGGGGUUGGGGUAAAGAAGAGAGACACUCGCCCGAUUUCCCUUUCAUGCCAAAUCAAAGAUUUGAGCUAGAGAUAUUAGUUGAGCCGAAUUGGUACAAGUAUAAGGUUAACUAUCAGCAUUAAGUAGUGUUCAACCAUCGAAUACAUGGAAUGAGCCAGUUCGACACUCUUCGCAUUAACGGCGACGUGAAGCUUACCCAGGUCCAGUUUGAUCUUUAGACCUUGAAUUUUAACAAUAUUUUUCAUAUAUGAUUAUUUCUUGGAAUCUACAAUCAAACGUGUUAUAGUU